UUGGAAUUAGAAAAUUUUAACUUUUUAUGUUAAAAUAAAAACUCAAGUAUAAAUAUGUGACCGGGUCCGAAAAAUUGGAUCCACCGGAUCGGAGGGAAAAAAAAAAAUCCCCAUUAACGAAGGUCUAGAGCUACUUUGCCACAAUGCAAUCUCCUCGCAAGCUGUUUCACGCGCGGCCAUCACUCGCCACGCGCCGAUCAACGGCUCUUAUCGUAUUAACUUCCUUAGCUAUCGGAAUCGCCGGAUUCACAUUUGGACUCGCCGUGAUUCUCUUCCCGGCUCUCCGAUUAACCGGCCGUAACUGCUUGACGAACUCUCCUCCGAAGACGGUGCGGGUCGUCUGGGACGUCGCCGGAAACAGUAAUGGCGUUGGUGGCGAAGGGAAGAGGCACAAGGUUAUGGGAUUCGUUGGUAUUCAAACCGGAUUCGGAUCGGCUGGCCGGAGACGAGCACUAAGGAAGACAUGGUUGCCGUCAGAUCCAGAAGGACUUCGACGCUUGGAAGAAUCUUCGGGAUUGGCCAUAAGGUUUGUGAUAGGGAAAACCAAAAACGAGCAAAAAAUGGCUGAGCUCAGAAGAGAAAUCGCAGAGUAUGAUGACUUUGUACUGCUAGAUAUCGAAGAGGAGUACAGUAAGCUCCCUUACAAAACUUUGGCUUUCUUCAAAGCUGCAUACGCGCUUUAUGAUUCUGAAUUCUAUGUCAAAGCUGACGAUGAUAUAUACUUGAGGCCAGAUCGUCUCUCUCUGCUAUUGGCGAAAGAGCGGAGUCACUCUCAAACAUACCUAGGAUGCUUGAAAAAGGGUCCAGUUUUCACAGAUCCUAAGCUCAAAUGUAAAAACUACUUGUUCGGCAACUGCAGUUUCAGGAUGUUUAACAACGAGGACGUGACAAUAGGUGCGUGGAUGCUGGCAAUGAACGUCAACCACGAGAACCAUCACAUCCUUUGCGAACCGGAAUGUUCGCCUUCCUCUGUUGCGGUUUGGGACAUCCCUAAAUGCUCAGGUCUUUGUAAUCCCGAGAAAAGAAUGUUGGAACUUCACAAGCAAGAAAGCUGCUCGAAAAGCCCCACUUUACCAUCAGAUGAUGAGUGAUCAUCUUCUUCCUCGUCCUUAACUUGAAAUGUCCUUACAAAACCUCUUACACACAAAGAGAGAGAUCCGCUUCUUCGACCAAACCCGCAGCAAGAUUGCUUCACAGAGAUUGCUCUGUUCUUUAUUUUUUGUCUCUGAUCUCAGAAGAGGGAAAGUUUCGAUUUUGGUGUGCGUCCCAAUGUGUAAUCGUUUUUCUUAUUUACUUUUAUAACUUGAAAGCCGAAAACAUGAUUAAACAGAGAAAAGUAACUUCAAAAGACACAAUACUGUACAAAGAAGAAUGAAAAAGUCAGAAACACUUAGAUAAGUUUCAC